AUGAAUAGCGUACCAUUUACAUCUGUUCCCGUUGAAGUUACUAUUGGUAUCGACCAAUAUUCUUUCAAUGUAGAGGCAAAUCAACCAUUCCAGGGAAUUAAGGAUAUUCCCAUUGACCACGUCCACGUCAUUCAUUUCCAACAUGCGGAUGAUUCCGGUAUGAGGUAUGGUUACUGGUUUGACGGUAAAACGGGAAACUACUACAUUCAAUACGAUUUCAAUGAUGGUAUUUACAAAAUGGUGGAAGAACAGAAUCAUUCAAAGUUCGAAAAUAUUGUUCGCGAUUACAAAGAACGGCAAAUGAUGGUUUCGUAUCCCAGAAUUGACGAAGAUGAUACCUGGUAUAAUCUAACCGAGUUUGUGCGAAUGGAUAAAAUCCGAGAGUUAAUAAGGCAAGGUGAAAAUAAGUUCUCUUACGUUGAUUCUUCAAUGACUACUUUGCAAGAAAAUGAACUUCUAAAAUCCAGCUUGCAGAGAGCUGGUUCCACAAUGGAAAGUGAGAAUGAAUAUGAAUCUUCCCGUUGCUUUGAUUACACGGUGGCUAAGUUUAAGUCCAGAGAAGCUAUAAGACCAGGUCAUGAAAUGGAGGAUUUCUUGGAUAAAUCCUAUUAUUUCAAUGCCGUGGUACUCGAAGGAGCGUUCCAAAAUUCGUCUAACGCGUAUUUUGGAGAGUUGCAAUUUGCGUUCUUAAACGCUAUGUUUUUUGGAAAUUACGGGUCAAGUCUACAAUGGCAUGCAAUGGUUGAACUCAUAUGUUCAAGCUCAUCAGUGCCCAAUAAAAUGCUUAAAAAACUAGACCAUCUCUUGUAUUUCCAGAUAAAGACCUUGCCAGAGCAGUAUUCAGAUAUCUUGUUGAAUGAACGCGUGUGGAAUACUUGUCUAUAUUCCUCUUUCCAAAAAGAAAAUUUGCUAACCACGAAAGGUAUAAUGGAAAAGAAAUAUCCUCAUCUAGUUGGUAAAGAUGACGAAGAUGAACUUAUUUCCAACGAUUCUGAAGAAGAUUUUGAAGAAGAUCCUGAUGAAGAUGACGAAUACAAACCUACCAUUGCCGGUGGUGUUUAUUAUCAGAAGUGA